AUGUAUCAUAGUGAUCAUUUUGACAAUGAUGAGCAAAUUUUAACUCAACAAUUUAAUAAUAACUCUGUGUCUCCAGAGAUAAAGGAUAUAGACGAUAAAGGUAUUUUGUGCAAUAGUGAUAUUAAUUUUAUGAAUAAUGAUAGGCAAAAUUUAGUUAUUCAGCAAGAAAAUGAAUUAUCUGAUCCUGAAAGUGAAGCAGAAAAUAUUGAUUAA